ACCCCGGCGCGGCAGAGCCAUGGAUGGCCCGGCUCGGGGCCAUGGACUCCGCAAGAAGCGGCGGUCGCGGUCGCAGCGAGACCGGGAGAGGCGCUCCCGGGGCGGGCUGGGGGCCGGCGCGGCGGGCGGCGGCGGGGCCGGCCGGACCCGGGCGCCCUCGCUCGCCUCGUCGUCGGGCUCCGACAAGGAAGACAAUGGGAAGCCCCCGUCCUCCGCCCCGUCCCGGCCCAGACCCCCGCGGAGGAAGCGGCGAGAGUCCACCUCGGCCGAAGAGGACAUCAUCGAUGGGUUUGCCAUGACCAGCUUUGUCACUUUUGAAGCGCUGGAGAAAGAUGUAGCACUUAAGCCUCAGGAACGUGUGGAGAAACGCCAGACUCCCUUGACCAAGAAGAAACGAGAAGCACUUACCAAUGGCUUGUCCUUUCAUUCAAAGAAAAGCAGACUCAGCCACCCACACCACUACAGCUCAGACCGAGAAAAUGAUCGUAAUCUCUGCCAGCACCUUGGGAAGAGAAAGAAGAUGCCGAAGGGACUCAGACAGCUCAAGCCAGGGCAGAACAGCUGCAGGGACAGUGACAGCGAGAGUGCAAGUGGAGAAUCCAAGGGCUUCCACCGGAGCAGCUCCCGGGAAAGGCUCAGUGACAGUUCAGCUCCUUCCAGCUUGGGAACAGGCUACUUCUGUGACAGUGACAGUGACCAGGAAGAGAAGGCAUCAGAUGCCAGCUCUGAAAAACUCUUCAACACUGUAAUUGUAAACAAAGAUCCGGAGUUAGGUGUCGGUGCGCUGCCUGAACAUGACAGCCAGGAUGCAGGGCCGAUUGUCCCCAAGAUAUCGGGUCUAGAGAGAAGCCAGGAGAAGAGCCAAGACUGCUGCAAAGAGCCUGCCUUCGAGCCUGUGGUGCUCAAGGACCCCUGCCCUCCGGUCCCACAGCCGCUGCCCCAGCCCCAGGCGGAGCCCCAGCCCCAGGCCCCUUCUCCGGACCCUGACUUGGUGCCACGCACAGAGGCCCCACCAACGGCCCCUCCUCCAAGCACGCAGCCCCUGCAGGGCCCCCCGGAGGCCCCUCUGCAGCCCGCCCCGCAGCCUCAGGUGCAGCGGCCGCCCAGGCCACCGUCCCCCACCCAGCUGCUCCACCAGCACCUCCCCACUGUGCAGGCCCACCCCUCGUCCCAGGGCCUGCCCCAGCCCUUGUCAGCCUACAGCAGCAGCCUGAGCCUCAACAGUUUAAGCAGCAGCAGAAGCAGCACUCCGGCCAAGACCCAGCCGGCCGCGCCGCACAUCUCCCACCACCCCUCCGCCUCCCCGUUCCCCCUCUCCCUGCCCAACCACAGCCCCCUGCACAGCUUCACUCCCACCCUCCAGCCCCCCGCACACGCACAUCACCCCAAUAUGUUCGCCCCGCCCACUGCUCUGCCUCCGCCACCACCUCUGACGUCAGGGAGUCUGCAGGUCCCCGGACACCCUGCCGGGAGCACUUACUCAGAGCAAGACAUCUUGCGGCAGGAACUGAACACGCGUUUUUUGGCCUCCCAGAGUGCUGACCGCGGGGCCUCCCUGGGCCCUCCGCCCUACCUGCGGACCGAGUUCCACCAGCACCAACACCAGCACCAGCACACGCACCAGCACACGCACCAGCACACCUUCACGCCGUUCCCCCACGCCAUCCCGCCCACCGCCAUCAUGCCGACGCCAGCACCUCCCAUGGUGCGUACCCCAGGCAGAAAUUUUGACAAAUACCCUACAAAAGUUGACCCCUUCUACCGGCACAGUCUCUUCCACUCCUACCCUCCUGCAGUGUCGGGCAUCCCCCCCAUGAUCCCACCCACGGGCCCUUUUGGUUCACUACAAGGAGCAUUUCAGCCGAAGACAUCCAACCCUAUCGAUGUUGCUGCUCGGCCCGGGACAGUCCCACACACUUUACUCCAAAAGGACCCGAGGUUGACAGAUCCUUUCAGACCUAUGUUAAGGAAACCAGGGAAGUGGUGUGCUAUGCAUGUUCACAUCGCCUGGCAGAUUUACCACCACCAACAGAAAGUCAAGAAGCAGAUGCAGUCGGACCCACACAAGCUGGACUUUGGACUGAAGCCCGAGUUCCUGAGCCGCCCUCCCGGCCCCAGCCUCUUCGGAGCCAUCCACCACCCGCACGACCUGGCUCGGCCUUCGACUCUCUUCUCUGCCGCUGGUGCUGCACACCCGACCGGGACCCCUUUCGGGCCACCUCCCCAUCACAGCAACUUCCUCAACCCUGCUGCUCACCUAGAGCCUUUCAAUCGGCCAUCGACCUUCACGGGCCUAGCAGCGGUUGGUGGCAAUGCCUUCGGGGGACUCGGAAACCCUUCAGUUAUUCCCCACUUCACCAUUUCAGCACCCAACUCAGUGUUCGGCCACAAGGAUGGCCCCAGUGUGCAGAGCUUUAGCCACCCUCACGAGCCCUGGAACCGGCUGCACCGAACGCCUCCGUCGUUCCCGACCCCUCCGCCCUGGCUGAAGCCAGGGGAGCUGGAGCGCAGCGCGUCAGCUGCAGCUCAUGACAGAGAUAGAGAUGUAGAUAAACGGGACUCAUCCGUUAGUAAAGAUGACAAAGAAAGAGAAAGCGUGGAGAAGAGACACUCCAGCCAUCCUUCACCAGCACCUAUCCUCCCGGCGACCGCCCUGGGGCACAGCCGCAGCUCCGCUGAGCAGAUAAGGGGUCAUUUGAACACAGAGGCUCGCGAGAAGGACAAACCCAAAGAGAGGGAGAGAGACCAUCCGGAGUCGCGGAAGGACCUGGCCGCGGAAGAGCACAAGGCGAAGGAGGGCCCCGCGCCCGAGAAGGACGGGCACGGCCAUGAGGGCCGCGCCGCGGGCGAGGAGGCCAAGCAGCUGGUGCGCGCACCGUCGCCCUACGUGCGGACCCCCGCGCUGGACAGCGCCAGGCCGGGCAGCACCUCAGGCCGCGAGGCCGAGCCACGCAAGGGCGAGCCGGCCUACGAGAACCCGCGGAAGAGCGCCGAGGUCAAGGUCAAGGAGGAGCGCAGGGAGGAACACGAGCUGCCUGCGGAGCCCGCGCAGCCCCCGCGCGCCGCUGAGCCACCUAGUGCAGCCUCGAGCGCGCACGCCGGCCCGCUGGCCUCGGUGCCCAUGGCGGUGGGCGUGGCGGGCCUGCACCCGAUGGGCAGCAUCGGCAGCCUGGACAGGACCCGCAUGAUGACCCCCUUCAUGGGCCUCAGCCCGCUCCCGGGCGGGGAGCGCUUUCCCUACCCGUCCUUCCACUGGGACCCCAUGCGGGACCCGCUGAGGGACCCCUACCGCGAGCUCGACGUGCACCGCAGGGACCCGCUGGCCAGGGACUUCCUGCUGCGCGGCGACCCGCUGCACCGGCUGUCGGCGCCGCGGCUGUACGAGGCCGACCGCUCCUUCCGGGACCGGGAGCCGCACGACUACAGCCACCACCACCACCACCACCCGCCGCUGGCCGUGGACCCGCGGCGGGAGCACGAGCGGGCCAGCCAUCUGGACGAGCGCGAGCGCCUGCACGUGCUGCGGGAGGACUACGAGCACCCGCGGCUGCACGCCGUGCACCCCGCCUCCCUGGACGGCCACCUGCCGCACCCCAGCCUGCUCACGCCGGGCCUCCCCAGCAUGCACUACCCGCGCAUCAGCCCCACGGCGGGCCACCAGAACGGACUGCUCAACAAGACGCCCCCCACGGCGGCGCUGAGCGCGCCGCCCCCGCUCAUCUCCACGCUGGGGGGCCGCCCGGUCUCCCCGCGCAGGACUACGCCUCUGUCGGCGGAGAUCAGGGAGCGGCCGCCCUCCCACACGCUGAAGGACAUCGAGGCGCGGUAAGGGGACAGCGGACCGAGCCGAGAGCAGGGAGAACUCCUGGCCCGCGCAGACUGCGGGCCAGCCCCGCCUCUCCCCUGUAAAAAAUGUACAGACUCCGUGCAGAUUUUGAGAUGUUUUUUGUAUAUUCUAUGUUGAAAUUUUUCAGAUCUUUUAGCUAAGUCAUAUGUUCUCAUGUCUCCUACUCUUUGUUCCUUGUAUAAAACUUUUUGAUUUGAACCAAAACAGUAAAGAUGCAACACACACCAAUUUGACGACAGCGGGGAGCCCACACCAUCCAUGGCGCAGAGCUCUUUCAGAUGAGAAGGGAAGGCGUGUACAUAGUCGUGUAAAAAGAUGGCUUCAUGAGCUGGUGGUUCAUAUAUGCAAAGGGCGAGACGAAAGCUUUACUUUGUACAAAUGUAAAUAGAUAAAGAUUAAGUAACAUGAUACAUUAAUACUUCUUGAAAUGUGCUAUUUGCAAACCUAAUAUCAGUGAGCGCCGUCUGCUAGGGCUGUGUUCCCGUGUAUUGUUAGAGACAGCUAAACCCUUCAACUAUGCAAUGAACGUUAGGGCUUCUCACAAAAGCCCGCCUAACUCAAAGGAGCCUUUUCCAAUCCAUUUACAACAUACUUAAGGUCAUAUUUUCCCUGAACAAGCGCUUACGUGAUAUGACUCUGUUUUCCUUGCUUGUUUUUUUUCAAAUGGAGAAACAUCCUAUUUUGCAGAUCAGACCCCAGGCUGGAACUUUGCACCUGAAGUUACUGCUUGUGGGCCUCAGGGGCAGGUGUGCCCUGGGAAGGUAAAUGAGAACAGGAGCAACCAGUGCCGGGGGGAUGGGAUUUGUCAGAUGCCAAAAUCAGGGGGCCGGUGGUGGCAUCUGCCAGAGUCGCGUCCCCACCCGACGCGCCAUCCCACGCCCGCCGCUGGUGGGAGCCAUGCCUUUUUGGUGUGUCCUAUUUUCUAUGCGUACACACUCCCUCAUUUUGCAGUGCGAUUUAGUCACACCCAAACAGAUCCUGAAAGAAAGCUUCACGUUUUCUCAGAUGAUGGAUGUGUUUUCGCUGCACUUGGUACCCGUGUGCCAGCGUGACUCCGUGCACUCCAGGGGAUAGCCGAGUCUGGGCACAGCCAGAGCAGGUCAGGCAGAGCCGUGGAGAUCACAGAGGGCGAAGGGGGCAGAGAAGCCGUGUGUGUGCGCGUGUGUCUUUGAGUUUGCAUCAAUCUUAAUGUCUCUUCAUAAUACUUUUAUAAUACAUUAAGCCUCUUGUCUACAUAUUUGGAGAGAAUAUGACUUUACUAGCAGAGAAAUACAAUAUAUCUUGUCUACUGGACUGUAAAAUACAUGUAUGAAAUAAAAUUAGUUCCAUUUGGUCUUCUAGUAUAUUAAAGUGCUAUCUGACGUUGUUAUCCUGUUUUUGCAAAAAAAAAAAAAAAAGUUAACUACAGACCAUUGUUUCUAAUAAGCAGAGAUCUAUUUUAGUAGUAAACUGAAGGUUUAGUUGUGAGCUUCAGAUUUUGUGAACACCAGAUGUUGUGCAGUGUUUUUUUUGUUUUGUUUUUUGUUUUUUUUUAAGACAACAACUAAAAAAAAAAAAACCCCAAGGAAUAUGUACACUGGAACUGUAGUGGUAGCUUCAGUAUUGUAAAGAGAUUGUUCUAUACAGAGCUUUCCGCUGUUUCUCCUGUAUGUGACAAAGUCCUUUCUAGACCUAUGUGAAAAGCAAAGUGCAGCAACUGAGUCUUCAGCAUGUUCUCAUCGGCGGAGCCUCUUGUGUAAUGUAAAUGUGCCAUGUUAUUAAAGAAUGUGAACCCAGCUUCCAGCUGCUUGUUUGUGUGCAGUGGCCAUCGGUCCUUUGGGAGGAAGCUGUACUUGUGCAAGACCAGGCUCUCGAAAAGAAACGCCCGGAACCGGCCCUCGGGAGACGCAGAGGUGCUCCUGCCGUGGGGGCAGCCCGCCCGGCCGCUGGCCGCCCGUCGGUCAGCUUCUGUAGACUUCUGCGCGCCCCGCAAUAGGUUACGGAUUUUUUUUUCCCUUUUGUGUGUUUUAAACAAAACUACUGUAAAACUCACGAGCAGGUACUUUCGGAUAUUGUAGACGAUGCGUGUGGGCCACGUUAGCCAGUGCUGUGCCGACCCUGCUUCCAAACUCGGCGGGAAGCGCGUGCGUCGCGGGCAGCGGCACGAAGCCUGGGCAGGGCCGGCGAGGACAGCACCCUCUGCCCGUUCCUCUGCAUUCACUCGUGGGCUCGGUUGUGGCUCGCCUUCCCGGCACGUUUCCCCUGUCUCAUCAACGUCCGUGGCAUAUCCCUCCUUGGUUUGCAGACUUCUCUGUCCUCUAAAAUCUGUUUUGUUUUUUCAUGAUGUAAAAUGUUAAAUUUUCUCGUAUCAACUUGAUGACAUUGGU